AUGAGUUAGACGGAACAAUUAGAAUUCAAUUAUGAUAGAUAAUAUCUAGAUGUAUUUGGUUGCAUGCAUAACACAAGGAUCACAUUUUCAGGGAAACAGAUUUGUUAGCAAUGCGGCAUAUUUAUUUACAAUGUAAUAUAUUCGAUUUUAAAUCAGUCAUCAACAAGGGUUUACAAGACAAUAAAAAUGAGAUAUAAUGCAUUUUUUAAUCCAACCAACAUAUUGAAUAAAGCAUUGGAUCCCCAAAUUAUUUAGCAACAUUAAAUAAAUAGAUAGCCAGUUAUUGAUUUCAUUGAAUAGGCAUCUGAGAGAUUGAAUUUGAGUGCCAAUACUUCAUUUUUGGCCAUCACUUACUUGGAUCAUUUUUUUAAUUAGCAAGGAAUACACGAAGAUCAAAUAUUUUUAUAUGCAGCAACUGCUUUGAUGUUGGCAGCAAAAGCACAAGAAUUAGAUGAAAAGAUUCCCUUCAUAAGUAAAUUGAAGAGAUACUCCUCAAUGACAUCCCAUCCAGAAGUAAACAACUAUACAACUUAAGAAUUUCGAAAUGCUGAAAAGGCUAUCAUUCAAUCACUUGAUUGGAAACUGCAAAGAGUUACUUUGUUAGAUCGAAUAGAAACCUUGCUUUCUUUUGGGGCAAUUGAUGAUGAUGAUAGUCUGGUUCAACAGCUGCAACCAUAAUAAAAGGAAAACAAAGAAUAAUAAUAAGUUCAUAUUAAAAUACGAGAUUUAAAUGAAACUCAGAUUGUAAAUUAUGUCAAAGAAAUAGAAAAUAAAUAUAUUGAGACUGCUUUCACUAUGCUUAGGGGUAUUCUAUCAAAUUUAUUUAGAUGAUUCAAUAUACUUCUCAAAUAAUUAAGCGAUUUUGGCAUUAUCUUGUGUGGCCUACUUAAGGAAAAAGGCUGGAUUAUUAAAUAUUUGGUCUUAAUAAUUAUAGGCUCUAACUGGAGAGUCAACGUAGAAAAUUUCAUCUACAGUUUCAUAAAUAAUGACUUUAACACCGAAAACCAAAGCUUUGAACAUUCCUAAACCUUUGAUCACUACUUAGUCUAGUUCAUAUUUAUAAAAUUUCUAGAAUCCUCCUUCUCAAACAAAGACUUCUUAAGCCAAAAAUAGAUAAUAUUUGUUUGAGUCUAACAAGCAAUCAACUGCAGAUAUUUUGCAAUCAUACAACACAACUAAGGCUCAAGUGAAGGUCCCCUUAUUUUAGUCUCAAUCCACAAUGCAACUAUCGAAGAAUGACAUUAUGAAAUCACAUCAAUUGAAUUAAAGUAAAUUUACAAGUAGAAAUACUAAUUUUCCAAUUACUACCACUGCUAAUUAUUCUUACUUAUCUGACAAUAUUGUACAUCCCAAUUCAUAUAUAAAACAUGUCGAGUUAGAUAAAAAAUAUGAGCAUGUUCAUAAGGUAAGCGAAGCUAAAUUUAGAACCAAAUUAUUUAAUCAAUGA